GACUUCUGGCGCUGGAGGCGGAAGUAUCUGUGACAGGGGCGGAAGUGGAAUUGUGUGCUCGUCUCUGUGGGAUGCGGCGAGCCGGGCGCAGGUCGGAGGGGCGGUGGCGGCGGGUCCCUCAGGUUUGAGUGUCCGGUACUGGGGAGGGUAGGAGUGGGCUGAGGCCGGACCAUGGCGACCCGCCGGCUGACCGACGCCUUCUUACUAUUGCGGAACAAUGCGGCCCAUAACCGGCACAUUCUGGCCGAGCAAGUGAGUAAUGAGAGGCGCCCGGGGAGUGCGCGGAGCCCGGGAGCGGAACUGGAUGAGCUGGCCGAUGAUCGCAUGGCAUUGGUGUCCGGGCUGAGCUUGGAUCCCGAGGCGGCCAUUGGUGUGACCAAGCGUCUUCCUCCCAAAUGGGUGGAUGGGGUGGAGGAGAUCCAGUACGAAGUCACACGGAUAAAGCAGAAGAUGAAAGACCUGGCGAGUCUGCACGACAAGCACCUCAACCGCCCGACGUUAGACGACAGCACAGAGGAAGAGCACGCCAUAGAAAUAACUACUCAGGAGGUCACGCAGAUGUUUCACCGCUGCCAGCGCUCCGUGCAGUCCUUACAGAGCCGGUGCCGACACUGCACGGAGCAGGAGGAGCGACUGCUGCGGAAUGUGGUCUCUUCACUGGCGCAGUCGCUUCAGGACCUUUCCACCAACUUCCGACAUACGCAGUCCGGGUAUCUGAAACGGAUGAAAAACCGAGAAGAGAGGUCCAAGCAUUUUUUCGAUACGUCGGUUCCUCUUAUGGAUGACGGGGAAGACAAUACUCUGUACGAUCGGGGCUUUACAGAGGACCAGCUGGUCCUGGUGCAGCAGAACACAUUAAUGGUGGAAGAGAGAGAGCGAGAGCUGCGCCAGAUUGUACAGUCCAUCUCUGAUCUGAACGAGGUGUUUAGAGAGCUGGCGGGAAUGGUGGUAGAACAGGGCACGGUUCUGGACAGAAUUGACUAUAAUGUGGAACAGGCUUGUGUGAAAACAGAGGAUGGUUUGAAACACUUACAGAAGGCGGAGCAGUACCAGAAGAAGAACCGCAAGAUGCUCGUCAUUUUAAUUUUGUUUGUAGUCGUGAUAGUCCUCAUUGUCGUGUUGAUUGGCGUCAAGUCCAAAUAGGUCAUCCUUCCUUUUUUUUUUUUUUUUUUUUUAACCUUUUGAAUUACAGUACAGAUUUUCUUUUUCUUGUGUCUAAAGAAACCUAAAAUAACAGAUCCUGAUUCAUGAGAAGAACCGGCGCCUGGAAACCGAUUACUUGCAGGGAUCCAUGGCGGCGCUGCCAGCUCUCGGCUCUGAUUGGCUGCCUUUCUCUGAGACUUUAUUGCAUAAAGGACCAAAAGUUGUACGAAUCUCUUCUAGAAAAGGAGUGACUCCUGCAGUCUGUAAUCUGGAGCUGCUGUUCCUGGGCCAGAAUUCUGGUUCUGUUUGCUGCUCGUGCCUGACACACCUGCUUUCUUCCUAUAGGAUUCAGUAACCGCCCCUUUUAUCCCAUCUGUUUAUCCCAUUUCAUUGUGACUGGAGAAGUAGGAAGGACUGUUCAGGUUGGUUUAAGAUGAGAUGUUGUAUGUCCAGUGUGUUUCUACUGCAUUGUGUGACAGCUGCUGUCACUUUUAAAUUCCUUCCCGCUGUCUCGUGGAGUAGGGGCUGUCAUUUAGUACUGGCCUUGUGUGUCCGUGGUACAGAUGCACCGAAUCCAAGAUCCAGGAUUUGGCCUUUUUCAGCAGGGUUUGGAUUUGGCCAAAUCCACAGUCCUGGGCGAACCGGAUGCUAAUUAGGAUUUGGAAGGGUUAAACGUCCGCAUGAACAUGGAAGUGUUCAGUAUUCGGCCGAA